UGGAACCACCAUGGAACUGCUCUCCGAUCAGGGCCUUCGAUUGGAUGGACGCCGAGCGAACGAACUGCGCCAAAUAAAGUGCAAAAUGGGAGUGUUUAGCCAACCGGACGGUAGUGCAUACGUCGAGCAGGGCAACACGAAGGUCCUGGCUGCGGUGUACGGUCCCCAUCAGGCUGCCUCGAAGAAGGCUAACUUUGAGGAGGUUAUCGUGAAUUGCCAGUACAGUAUGGCAACGUUUUCUACCGGCGAACGGAAGAAAAGGCCCCGAGGCGAUAGGAAAUCACAGGAAAUGACGAUCCACCUGAAGCAAGCGCUGAGUGCAUCGAUCAAAAUGGAGCUUUACCCACGGUCACAGAUCGAUGUGUAUAUUGAGGUGCUGCAGGCAGACGGUGGGAACUAUUGUGCAUCGGUGAAUGCGGCCACACUGGCGUUGGUUGAUGCGGGCAUAUGUUUGAAGGAGUACGUGUGUGCUUGUACGGCAUCGCUCGCCAAUGGCAAUGUGCCGCUGAUGGAUGUGUCCCAUCUGGAGGAAACGAGUGGUGGACCUACGCUAACGGUUGCAUCGUUGCCGAGCAGUGGAAAAAUUGCUUUCAUGGAAAUGUCCCAACGGUUUCAUCUAGAUCAUCUGCCGAAGGUGCUUGAGACGGCGCUGAAAGGAUGCCGGGAGGUACAGAACGUUAUCGAUCGGACGGUUCGGGAGCAUGUUACGUACCUGGGCCGGGCAGGCGGAUGGGGCCAUGUUAGUAAAUAAACC